AUGUCUGGACGAGGAAAGGGCAAAGGAAAGCGAAGAGGUGCGAAGAGCAGGUCUAGCCGCGCUGGUCUACAGUUCCCGGUCGGUCGCGUUCACCGUCUCCUUCGCAAAGGGAAUUUCGCAAGACGUGUCGGUGCUGGUGCUCCAGUCUAUCUAGCUGCCGUGAUGGAAUAUCUCGCUGCUGAGGUUCUCGAGCUUGCAGGCAACGCUGCACGUGACAACAAACGUAGCAGGAUUAUCCCAAGACAUCUGUCUCUUGCUGUCCGCAACGACGAGGAACUGAACCGUCUUUUCGGGGGUGUCACCAUUGCCCAAGGCGGUGUGCUGCCCAACAUCCAAGCUGUGCUUCUCCCAAAGAGAAAGAAGUAG